UAAAAAUAAACAAGAAACAAUUUAAUUUUUGGAUUUUGUUAAAAAUAUCAUAUAUUUAAUUAAGAAAAUGACGCUUUCUCAUAAGAUUCUCCUUGGUCAAAUUAGUUUGCAUGUGUUUUCGUUAAUUUUAUCAGUCUGUCUUACAAUACCAUUAAUUAUUCAUCAAAUACAUUUCGAUGGACAUUGCUUAUUGUUUUCUGGUGGAAAUUGGUCUCAAGAAGAUGGAUUGCUUGUCAUUUCAUGGGCAUCAAAAUUUUAUUGCGUAUUUCCUCUGAUAACUGGAAUAUUAAUCUUUAUACUUUCAAGUCUACAAAUUUAUCGAAUCGCAAUGUUAUAUCACAAAGAGGAAGAAAGUUCCUUUAUGGCAUUAUUUUUGGACUCUGCUGUAUCUCUAAUAUGCUGUGCUAUGGUUUUAGCAUCAAGUAUUUUUAUUACACUUGGAUUCAUCAUUUGGUGCGGCUUAAUGAAUGAGAGAUUUCCAUCAUGUGAAACAGCCGAUGGACAAAAUAUAACAAAACCAGACGUUCUGAUACAAACAGCUGGGUUUUAUAAUGGAAUGGGAGUCGCUCAGUUUGGUUCCUGGGGAAUUUUCGCAACAUUUGCAGUAUUGUCAAGUUUAGCUAUUUUAAAAUUAGUAAAUAAUCAUCAGUUAAGGAAUCUUAGAGUAUCAAUGUAUUUAGAGAGGCAAAGGCUUGUUAAUGAGGAUAGCUUCCAUAAUUUCCCAGAACCUGUUGUCAGACAAGAGAAUAUGGAUUAAGAACUUAAUACUCAAAUAUUAAAAAUAAUGAAAAAGUUACUGAUUAUCAUUAAUCCUUUCUUUGUGAUAAAAGAAAUUCUUUUAUAUAUGAACAACUACCUGAUUUAUCAUCACUUCCUCAUUAAUUUCUUUAUACUUUUAUAGUAUUUCUCUCUGAAACGUGGUUGUCGAAUUGGAUACAUAACAAUUUAAAAUGUAUUUGGUCCAUUUGUAAUAUGAAUCCAUACGUAUAUAACACUUACUGAUCAAUUAAAAAUGUUACACAGAACAAGUUGAAGCAUGUUUAAAGUUUUU